CCCCAUUCAAAACAAACCGAUCUUUCAACCAACUCAAGAAAUUAAACCAGGAACAUGUCUGGGCGGGGAAAGGGAGGUAAAAUAAAGGCUAAAAGUAAAAGUAGAUCGACGCGAGCAGGAUUGCAAUUUCCAGUAGGAAGAAUUCAUAGAUUACUGAGAAAAGGGAAUUAUGCUGAAAGAGUGGGAGCGGGUGCUCCAGUUUAUAUGGCUGCAGUUAUGGAAUAUUUAGCUGCUGAGAUUCUGGAAUUGGCAGGGAAUGCAGCUCGAGACAACAAAAAAUUAAGAAUCGUACCCAGACACAUACAACUUGCUAUAAGGAAUGAUGAUGAACUAAACAAACUAUUAUCUGGUGUUACUAUAGCUCAAGGUGGUGUGUUACCAAAUAUUCAACCAGCACUACUCCCGAAGAAAACUGGUAAAACCGGAACAACUUCCUCACAAUCACAAGCGUUUUGAAUCAGUGGAAACUUUGGAUUAUGUAUCAUAAAUUUAUAGAAAAUAUUUAAUUAUGGCUUUGAAUGAAAUUUGAGAGUUAAAUUGAAAAUGAAGUAUUGACUGUACAUGUAUUUAUUAAUUUCAAUGUUAUUAUUUUUUACUGUUUGACAGUUUUGUGUUUUGUCCAAUUUACCAAUAUAUACCACCACCCAAAA